AUGAAUCCUUCAAACAUUCCCUACCACUUCGGGGAACAUGAUUCUCAGCAUAAGUCUGACCAAUCGACUUCCACCCUCCUUGUCUACGUGACAACCUCUGCCACAUCUUCCGGCCCUGCUGCGGGACACACCACCCUCACUUCAAGCAAAGUAACUACUAGCACCCAGUCAACCACUCAAUUCAGCUCAACUAGUUCUUGGACUAGUACCAGUGUUUCUGUCACUACGACACCAACGGAAACAUCAAGUCUCCCGCAAACAACACCCAUAACUUCAACUUCUGAGUCUACCACUGAGCACUCAACUUCUACGUCAAUGAAAGACCAGACUCUUGUUAUAGAUACCACAUCCGCUCCACAUGUCGUAUCGUCAAGUACAACGACAUCUUCAGAGCCUCCUACUACGACUUCAAUUGUAACCUCUCUCAAGGACCUACCAUCGUCAAUAGAGUCUCCCACCUCUACAGUCCCAAAAUCAAUGCCCUUACUUGUUGCCACAAGCUCAAGCUCAGCAUCAACCUUCACCAAUUCUGCCGUCUCAAUACCUACAUCACAAACAUCUUUUGCUCCGUUCCCUAAGGUAACCGAAACAAACCAACCUUUGGAACUACCGAAUUCUUCCGAACCUGUUAAAUCAUCUAGUAUGACAUCGACAGGAAAAGCUUCGCUGAUACUAGGAAUUGUUCUACUUCUUGGUGCCAUUCUCUUAAUGCUCCAAUUCUAUCUCAAGAAAAAGCGCGACAACGGAGUAAGCAAGAUUCAGGAUGACGAGAAAGAUGGAUAUCGCGACAUGAGCCAAAAAGCUUCAGUUCCAAUCAGCGCAUCUUCAACUUCAAACGCAUCCUCAGCUACGCAGCCUGUUCUCAACAAACCAACGGAAAACAACAGGAGUAACGGAAACUCACCGGCCUCCAACUACGCCGAAAGUGAGAAAAGAUCAUUAACGACUCCAUCCGACAUUCAGUCAAAUCCCUUUGGAAAUCACGCUGAAAUUGCAGUCGACUCUGUGAAUGCCAAUGGUCCAAACAUCCUGAAUAAUCCCAGCCCGAUAAACCGAGGAAAUAAUAUUGUGCCGACGCUAGUUCGUGGAGCUUCGAAACGCAGCCAGAGACAGCAAGAUUUCCCAAAAGCGCCAUCUCCCGCGAGUUCGAAGACUCAAACUGCACAUCAAAGCAACACCCCGCGUGCUAAUGUUAAACCUCAAUCGGGUAAUACAGCACAGAAUACAAGUUCAGAAAUUCCUAUAGCUGUUCACAGAGCUCAACUCGAUUUUGCGCCAUCGAUGGAUGAUGAGCUCGAAUUGAUUGCAGGCCAACUAGUUCGGGUACUUCACGAAUAUGAUGACGGCUGGGCUAUGUGUGUAAGACUGGAUUCUUCUGAACAGGGUGUUUGUCCGCGAACCUGUCUAUCUACUCGUCCAAUAAAGCCUCGAUCUCAUUCAGGAAGUUCAGGUUGCCCAUCGCCAGGAAUGCAAGCCUCUCAAGCAAGCACGGCAUUGCUACAACAGAGCCCUCUCAGCGUAGAAAAAGGCCCGCUACCAGCAACACCUAACAGACAGGGAGUCCCUAAUCAGCCAUCCAGUCCCGAACAAUGGUCAAAUUCUGUACACGCGCAAAGACGACCACUAGAACCUUCUUCCUUGACUUUGGGACGGCCCUCUCCCUGCGAUAUGGAACCCAGAGGAUUAAAUAUGACUCAUGCUACACUACAAACAAGUUCUUCGUCGGAGCACGGAGAAUUACGUGACCCACACCCGGCAAAUUCCGAAAGUCUCCAUGAAUCCAGCCCACUACCCUUGAAGAAUAUGGCUAGAUACAACUGCAAAGUUAAUACUCAGACUGUAGGCAAUUUUUCCGCUCACACACCCGAUGGUUGUACUGUUGAGUCCCCCAUUAUCCAACAGUUCUCAACCAAUAAGCCCACACCAGAAGUUCCAUGUAACAGUAACCCUUCAGAUUCUCGCCCAUCAUCUAGAAACUCCGAAAUUAUGGAUGACUUAGAGCCUUACACACAGAGUGUACACAGUCGCAGUGGUUCUCCAUCUCAACACUCGCUCGAUGGUGAAUACAAUCAGAAGUCACUACCAGGCCAAGCGCUAUAA